CGGCUCUGUAGAGUUUGGUUGACAUAGCUAUAGUAGUUUCCGAGAUAUGUACAAAAAACUUAGUAGGGGGCGGGGCCACGCCCACUUUUCCAAAACAAUUGGGUCCAAAUAUGCCCCUCCCUAAUGCGAUCCUUUGUGCCAAAUUUCACUUUAAUAUCUUUAUUUAUGGCUUAGUUAUGACACUUUAUAGGUUUUCGGUUUCCGCCAUUUUGUGGGCGUGGCAGUUGGUCGAUUUGGCCCAUCUUCGAACUUAACCUUCUUAUGGAGCCAAGGAAUACGUGUACCAAGUUUCAUCAUGAUAUCUCAAUGUUUACUCAAGUUACAGCUUGCACGGACGGACCGACAGACGGACGGACAGACAGACAUCCGGAUUUCGACUCUACUCGUCGCCCUGAUCACUUUGGUAUAUAUAACCCUAUAUCUGACUCUUUUAGUUUUAGGACUUACAAACAACCGUUAUGUGAACAAAACUAUAAUACUCUCGUUAGCAACAUUGUUGCGAGAGUAUAAAAAACCACAAGUCAUACAUGAUUAUAAUGAGCAUAAAGGUGGUGUUGAUACUUUUGACAAAAUGCUACGUGGAUUUUCUGGCAAAAGAAAAACAAACCACUGGCCAUGGGAUUAUUUUAUAAUAUGCUGGAUAUUGCUGGGCUUGCAGCGUUCAGGCUGUUUGAUGUUAGUCACCCUAUGUGGAACACCAAUAAAUCUGAAAAGCGUAAAAUAUUUUUGAAAGAACUCUCUAUGGAGCUAGCGCAGAAGCAAUUACAAAACCGAUGCAAAACAAAAAUUAAUUCUUCAACUAAAAUUGCAUUGGACUUGAUCAAUUUCAAACGGUUUCCUGCAGUGGUGAGCUCGCGUCCAUCAAUAAAGGUCAACACUUUGAAACGGCGGUGUGAAACCUGCAAAACUAAUAAGAUCGAUAAUAAAACAACAGCAGUUUGUGACCAUUGCCUUAUUCCGACAUGCACCAAACACUAUAUAAGGACGUGUAAAAAGUGCUAUUUUGCAAAAUACAAUGCCGAAGCUGAAACGGACUCAGACAACGAUGAAUAUGUGGACAAUACUCCAAAAACGUCUACACCCAAUCAAAAUAUAUCAGAAAGACAGAGAAGAAUUUCACCCAUUUGAGCAGUUCGAAAUUAAAACUUUAUUUGAUUUUCA